AUGCGAUUUAGGGGUUCUCUUUGGCGACUCAUUUCCUCUCCCCUUCGACGUUCGAAAUUGUCACUGGAGGAAGUAAGGGCAGUGCAAGAUGAUGAAGGGCCUUCAAAGGCACUUUGUUUAUUACAGAGUGGUAGUAGGGACGAUGAUGCUGCUAUAGCCCUAAACAAUAUUGGAUUAAAGCCUUCUGAAGAUUACACAAUAAUAGAACUAGCUGGAAUAGACAAACCUGGACUAUUAUCAGAAGUAUCUGCAGUUCUCACAAAUCUUGGAUGUAAUGUAGUCAAUGCUGAAAUAUGCACUCAUAAUGCAAGAGCUGCAGCUGUUGUACAUGUCACAGAUGAGAAAACAAGAAAUGCAGUUGAAGAUCCUAAAAGACUCUCAACUAUUAAGAAACUGCUGUGUAAUGUUCUUAAGGGGAACAAUGACUUGAAGACUGGUAAAAUGACGCUUUUGACCCCGGGGUUUACGCAUAGGGAGAGACGAUUGCAUCAGAUUAUGUUUGCUGAGAGGGAUUAUGAGAAUGUUGGAAGGGUAGAACAGGAAGAAAAGGAGAAUAGAUGGAGGGCACAGGUUAAUGUGUUGGAUUGUGCUGAGAAGGAUUACACGGUUAUUACUAUGAGGUGUAGGGAUCGACCAAAGCUUUUGUUUGAUAUAUUCUGCACUUUGACUGAUAUGCAAUAUGUUGUGUUUCAUGGAGUAGUUCGCACAGGGAAAAUGGAGGCUUAUCAGGUGAAAUGUGCACAAAUUCUGGUGGAAGCUGGAGCUAAAGUGGAUGCAUUAGACAAAAACAAUAACACAGCCCUCCAUUAUGCAGCUGGUUAUGGCAGGAAAGAAUGUGUAUCCCUCUUGCUGGAUAACGGUGCAGCCGUUGCAAAUACUGCAAUUUCUGUUUUGAGCUUUUCACCUGAUGGAGAGGGGUUGAUAGCUUUCUCUGAGCAUGCAAUUUCUGGUGCCCCUAAAUUUAUGGCAUUCCCUGGCUAUGUUACUCAGCCCAAUGGAAUGGGGAAUUCAGAAAUGACAUGGCUACCUGUUUUGGCUGGUGCUGCUGGGGCUUUAGGUGCUGCAGGAGCUUUAGGGGCAACAUAUUGUUCAACUUAUAUCACAAUGGAUGGUGCUUAUCAUGCUAGGCCAUCUGGCCAGACCUCUGCAUUGCCUCCUACAAGGAGGGAAAUGCAAAGGAACUCGGUAGCUGUUCGUCAGCUAAUUCACUACAUUGGACAACCGGAUCCAUUGAAGGGUGAUGCCCUUAAUAAGUCUGUAAGAGAAAAUGCUCAAGAAGCUUUAUCAGCUAUAUUUGCUGGAGAAGACAACAGUAAACCACCACCACCACAAGAAGGUCUUACACAACGUAUACAAGGUUUUGGAAACACAAACUUUGACAUUCCAUCUGAUGAUAAGAAGUCGUUUCUUAGUGAUAUGGUUGGCAUUGGAAGUGCAACAAUCAAGCAAGGGUUAAAUAGCUUAUCACAAGCUCAAACUCAUAAUAAAAAUGACACAGGAACUUACAGGGGCCCUAAUCUGAGAAGAUCAUUGACUAAUGAAGCGAGUUACUGUGAUAGCAAAGAACUUUCUAGUCAAACUGCACUUUCUUCUAGGUCAUCAACAAAUGCAUAUGGAUCUUGGGGUCAAGAUCUAAAAACAAAUGCUGUGGUAAAAUGCUCCGAGUCUCCUCAAGCCUCUUUAAGGGAAAAUGCAAAUAAGGUUACUGGUCUUGGUAUAUGUGUGGAGGUGGUAAAGAAUAAGCUAGCACCUGCUAUGAAAAAGGCAGAGCUGGAGAUUGAGUGUGGAGGUGGUAAUUUGGAUGAGCGAGUAAGCGAUAGGGUUUUAUACGAUAUACUUAUUCAAGCUAGUCGUGUAGUUGAUUUGCACAUUCUUCGAGAUAAAGAAACUGAUAAACCAAAAGGUGCAUUUGCAGAAUAUGAAACAGAGGAGAUUGUUGAUUAUGCUGUCAGGCUUUUCACUGGGCUUGUCACCCUUUACAAUAAAACCUUUGAGAUUUGGGAUGAAGUUGAACAGAUAUCUGGACAAGACAAGGCCACCCUGAACUUGCAAGCACCAUCCAUGUCCAUGCUCACAUAUACUUCUACUUUCUUCAUUUAUUUACUUGUUUACUGCCAGUUUGGGGUAGAGUUGCAACUGAAAAAUGUUCAAGUUGUUGGUCUUUAUGGGUGGAGCAGUGAAUUUGUUAUUAUUUCCAAUCUAUCAUGGCAACCUUCAACAGUAGUUUUGGACCGGCACCUUCUUGCAGAAGAUAUCGUGUACGUGUUCUCUUGCUGCUAUUGUGGAUUUGGGAACAUCCUUGCUUUCUAG